GAUACUAGAAGUCGACGAAAACAACUGGAGUCACUUAAAGAGGGUGUUGUCAAGGAGGAGAAGACGAAAGAAAAGGAGAAGGGCUUCACUUUCAAGGGCUUGUUGGCGAAGACGAAACGCUCAAGCACCGAGUGUUUCUCGAUCGAAAAGAAACGUCACCAAGCUAAUUCUGAAGAGAUACGCAGCAGUCGGGCACAACUCUUUCGACGCUCACGCAAUCGCAAGCUGUCGCACAGCUACAAUGGCGGUAUGAGCCGUAAAAAUGAGGUGCGCUCGCGCCAGCCCAGUGACACAGACUCCGAGGCGGGAUUCGAGAAGACGAAAGAAAAGGAGAAGGGCUUCACUUUCAAGGGCUUGUUGGCGAAGACCAAACGCUCAAGCACCGAGUGUUUCUCGAUCGAAAAGAAACGUCACCAAGCUAAUUCUGAGGAGAUACGCAGCAGCCGGGAACAACUCUUUCGACGCUCACGCAAUCGCAAGCUGUCACACAGCUACAAUGGCGGUAUGAGCCGUAAAAAUGAGGUGCGCUCGCGCCAGCCCAGUGACACAGACUCCGAGGCGGGAUUCGUAUAUUUUUCAUUUACAAUGGGCGAGAGUCAGGAGAGCUCCGCAACGCGCUACAACACGCCUGACAUCUUGCUCGACAUCAACGUGCUCAACGAACAAAUGGACGAUAGUUUGAAGGAUAAUGCAUCAGUGCUAACGCAUGAAUUCGAAAUAUCCACCGCGCCGCACGUACACAACGGCUCGGUGCAACUCAUCGACCUAGGCGAGUCGCAGGAGGUUGCUUUCAGCGGUUCAGAUGAUUUCUCGCAGUACACCGACUGCCUAACCGAGUCACCGCACAUACCAACCACACCGCCACCAUCACUGUCGCCUUCCUCACUAGCCGAACCCAUAGUUCCUGAACAACUGCAACACCAGCAGCCCACACAACGCGCUGUUGAACUGCCGGAGAAAAGCAAUAUUCUCAUUACCUCGCGCACAGACCUUGUGGAGCUUUUCCGCUCACUAAGUUUUCCCAUCGCUGAGCUGGGACCCACAACCAUCGACUCGCCGCAUCGCAAAUUUCACUCAUCAUCCAACUCCACCGAAUCGAAGUCGGGCAAGUCAGCAAAACGCAUUAAACAGCGUCUAAGCACACUGAGCGAUCAAGUUUUGGUGACGAAAAAUAGCAACAAUUUUCUUGUGUCCCCACCGCCAACACCCAAUUUCAAUUCUGCACAAAAUCUACCCACAACAAAGUCAAAUGUAUACACUAGCGUGCCAAGUAACACGGUCAACGUAUACUUCCUCUCGCCGCCACCCACAGCGACAUUGCCACAAUUCUCAAGCAGCUCGCCAACAAGCAACCCUUUUACCAGUGACACGUCCACUAUAUCCUUGGACGUGCUGACCGCGCUGCCAGUGCCGUCACCACAAAAUCAGCAGAUGCACGCAAUAUCGCAAGUGCCGCAAAAUAAAUCGCCGAAGCCAGAAAUCAUACUUGACUCCACGCUCUCGCCCACCUCGUUGCACAGCGGCAACAAAGGCGAUAUCGACGGUGGCGAUGGUUGUCUGCUGUCCGGGGAGGAAAAGGAUUUAACUUCGCCAUUGUUCAAACGUCACGACAGCGAAGCAGAAACCAACUUGAUGACAACGGCGCAAGCAGGACGUCAUCGCGGUAGCAUAUUGGCAGGUGGCGGCGGCGGUUGCGGCAGUGCCUAUGACGGUAACGGCGGUCAAUCGCUGCGUAAACGUCAAGCCUCAGUGGUGACGUACGAUGUGAAUGUCAUAAAUUUUUCACAGGAGAACAGCGAUAGCCGCAGCUAUUUACCUAUGGCACGUGUAUCGACCAGUUCGGCAA